UCCCGGACCAGGGCUCGAACCCGUGUCCCCUGCAUCGGCAGGCAGAUUCUUAACCACUGUGCCACCAGGGAAGCCCCGGGGCUCUAUUUUUAAUACUAAUUCAUCCAGAAAAAUGCUUCAGGAGCUGGUGCUACACAAAAUCAGAAGUCCUUUGGAACUGCACUGAGGUUCUCUGAUGGUCAAGGAGAUUAAUGGUAAAAAUACGCCCUUAAAUAUUUUAAGCUAAAAUCCAUGUCCUGUAGUGCUGAACUCUGGGGUCCCAACUUGAGAAAAGUACCCAGUCUUGCUCAGAGGCAUCAAAUUUCUUGUGGGUUCUAGGUGAGAAGCAAGCCAGCUUCCUCUAUUUCUACAAAAGAAUGUGUUCUUUGUUGUGUCUGGAGAUUUGAUAUCCAAAGAUUCAGGUCUCCCCAGUCAACAGCCCAUGCCCAUCAGGCCAGUCUCACACUUGACAGAGAAUUCAGCUGUGAAGUGACUCAAGCCAGCACUUCCCCAAAGCUCAGUUGAGACUGCUGCUUUUUGAGAGGAAGACACUCACUUUCCAUUUCUCUAAACCUGUUAAACUCUAUCCUUCAUAUGUUAAGUCACCAAAAAAGGAAUUUAUCUAGACUGUAUUAAGCUUAAGCUGAAUUAUAAGCUAUCAGGUCCAUGGUUUCUUAAGAGAAAUUCCAUUUUAAGAACAUUUGUGAAUUUCAUAGUCUCUGGAUACAAAUUGUUUCUUUGAAUUGAAUGAUGAGAACCACAUAUACUAAGGUUUCCACUUUUGCUUUAGCUGCCAGGAAUUUCAGGGAUAAAUAGAGGCAUAGUUUCCUAAUUCCCUGGUUUCUCUCUCUCUCUUCCUUUAUUCUGGCUUCUAAUCUUUCUCUUCCAUGUUUUCAUUUUCUAUAUCUGUACUGUCCAGUAUGGUAGCCUCUAGUCACAAGUGGCUAUUAAGCACUUGACAGGUAGCUUGUCCCAGUUGGGAUGUGCUGUAAGUGUAAAGUAUCUCAAAUUUUAAUAUCAAUUAUAUGUUGAGUGAUAUUUUGGAUAUACUGGGUUAAAUAAAAUAUAUUAUUAAACUUAACCUCACCUGUUUCUUUUGACUUUUCUUUCUACUAGAAAAUUUUAAAUUACAUAUGUGGAAAAAGAAACUAUACACGUGGCUUACAUUUGUGAUGUUCAUUAUAUUUCCAUUGGACAGCUCUGUUCUACAAAUCAUCCUGUUUUAUGAGUGCGUUAUUACCGUAAAAUACCUCAAAUCCUUUUGGAAAGCAAGUAAAGUAGUAAAUGCAAAGGGGGUGACAGCAGUGGAUGAAGUGAGAAGGGGAGGUUGACUGGGACAUGUAUUUGUCAGUCUGUCUUUUGUUUGUGUCACAUACAAAACCCCUCGUAAAGUGUGUCAGCUCUCCUCUUCACAGGUGAGUGGUGUUCUCAUGGCUCAGCCCAGUCGAAAAAUUCUGAGCUUUAUUUGAGCUAACAAAUUGGAAAGGAUCUGAUAAGACAAUUCACACCACAUUGUAAAUGACUGAUAACACUGUGUUCACCCCUCUCAGGGGGUAUUUCCAUUUUAACAGGGAACAAUCCCUGAACCCAAAGGAAUGAAUCCCUAAUGGUGGAGUUUCAGGCAUCAGUGACAGGUGAGUGAGUGAGGCAGACUCUGGUUUUAUGUGUAUGUAUGUUUAUAUAUGUAUGACUGCAUUCAGGAUGUAGCUGAAAGUAGGGUCUCAGAUGAAAAGAUAAUGGGGCUGACAGACAAGGUGAGCAGAGAAGGUAGCAAAUCCCCAUCUGGGUCAGACUGCAAAGGGCUGUCAGACACCAGAUCCAGUGCAGGCCCUCAGGGGUUUGCAAUAGAAUAGCCCAGUUGAUGUCACCAGAGGGUAGGUAUCAAGACAGCUUUCAUGGCAACUACUAUGGAGUAGCAGAAAGGGCCUCAGAGUAGGAUUCAGAAGACUAGGAUUGCAGUCCACAACUGACUCACUGGCUUAACUUUGGGCAAGUGCUUUCACCCUGGGGCCUCAGUUUCUUUGGAAAGUACAAAUGGGUAUUAUAACUAUCAAUGAACUCUAAGGAAUGUGAAGGUGCUCAGAGAAGUAGGAAGUGCCCUACAAAUGCAAGGAAUCAUGAUUGUUAUCUUACAGUAGAAAUGCAGCCACGCAAACCUGGAGUAGUGGAGGGUAUAUAGCAGGGGUGGAGAGCUAUGAGGAAACCUGAGGGCCGAACACCAGUCCUUCUCUGUCCUCCCAGGCUGAACCCGGAUUCCCAGGGCCCAUGCUUACACCUGACAAACGAUGGCCUGAGCUAUGAACAAACAGGACUAUAUGAACACUUCGGUGCAAGAGCCCCCUCUUGACUACUCCUUCCGAAGCAUCCACGUGACCCAAGAUCUGUUAAGCGAGGAGCCACGGGCAGGGCUACGACCACUAAGGCACGCAAAGUCAGGGAAGUCAAGGUCUCAGUCCCUGUGGCUGAACAACAAUGUCCUCAAUGACCUGAGAGACUUCAACCAUGUGGUUUCACAGCUUCUGGAGCAUCCGGAGAACCUGGCCUGGAUUGACCUGUCCUUCAACGACCUGACUUCCAUUGACCCUGUCCUGACAACUUUCUUCAACUUGAGUGUGCUCUACCUCCAUGGCAACAGCAUCCAGCGCCUUGGAGAGGUGAACAAGCUGGCUGUCCUCCCUCGGCUCCGCAGCCUGACACUCCAUGGGAACCCCAUAGAGGAAGAGAAGGGCUCAUCCAGACCCUGGUCACCCCCCUCCUGUCCUAUGCUCUGAUCUUCCCCAAGCAGGAGCCUCCAGCCCAGGGCCCAGGUAGGGACCAUGUCCCCCGCCAUCGCGCUGGCCUUCCUGCCACUGGUGGUGACAUUGCUGGUGAGGUACCGCCACUACUUCCGACUACUGGUACGCACAGUCUUACUCCGGAGCCUCCGAGACUGCCUGUCAGGGAUGCGGAUUGAGGAGCGGGCCUUCAGCUAUGUGCUCACCCACGCCCUGCCUGGGGACCCUGGUCAUAUCCUCACCACCCUGGACCACUGGAGCAGCCACUGCGAGUACCUGAGCCACAUGGGGCCUGCCAAAGGUCAGAUCCUGAUGCGGCUGGUGGAGGAGAAGGCCCCUGCUUGUGCACUGGAGCUGGGCACCUACUGCGGGUACUCCACAUUGCUUAUUGCCCGUGCCCUGCCCCCUGGGGGUCGCCUUCUCACUGUGGAGCGGGAUCCACGCACAGCAGCAGUGGCUGAAAAACUCAUCCGCCUGGCUGGCUUCGACGAGCGCACGGUGGAGCUCAUCGUGGGUAGAUCAGAGGAGGUGAUCCCGCGCCUAAGAACCCAGUACCAGAUGAAUCGGGCUGACCUGGUGCUCCUGGCACACAGGCCCCGAUGUUACUUGCGGGACCUGCAACUGCUGGAGGCCCAUGCCCUGCUGCCAGCUGGUGCCACAGUGUUAGCUGACCACGUGCUCUUCCCUGGUGCACCCCGCUUCCUGCAGUACGCCAAGAGCUGUGGCCGCUACCGCUGCCGCCUCCACCACACUGGCCUCCCUGACUUCUCUGCCAUCAAAGACGGCAUAGCCCAGCUUACCUACGCAGGGCCUGGCUGAGGUCCAGGCCCAGGGGUACUUACUGCUGCCUCCCC